AUGUAUUCUGCUCAUGUAACAAAGCAACGCAACUCACCAAAUGAUCUUCCAAAGCCAUCUUUGAAUGCUGAAGACGAACCUAUUUUACGGCCUCCACCACCACCCCCUUUGAUGCCAACUCCACCAGAAGAGCCUGAAUCUAUGUUCAACUCAUGGAUAGUCAAGGAACAAAGAGGUGAACACUCUCCUCCGGUGUCGUUUUUCAACCCUCCUUCUGCUUCUUCACGGCAUGACAACUAUCCUCUCAUACGUAAAUCCCACCCUUUCAACGGUCCUGUGAUCAGAGAUCAUCUCACUGGCAGAUUUGGUGGGCCAAUAUUGUCUCAUUCACCACCAGACGAAUCGAGAAAUAUUUGGCAAGUUUUAAGUUUGUCUUUCCUUCUAUUGAAAUUUUGGAAAUACUUUUUUUUUAAAGCUGAACCAGCACAGGGUAUUUCAUCCAGAGUGUCUACAGAAAACCGUACGUCGAGCCAGCCUAGUCCGAAAGAAGACGAUCCGCCGUGCUCUCGUGAUACUGUGCCAAUGAUAGGGAAAUUACCUUCAAAGAUCAUCAAGAAAAAGGAAAAGGUUGAUACAAACGCCAUUCAAACAACUGACGACAAAAGAUCGGUCCCUGCUUUGCCCAUCGUUCAAUCGCAGAGUAAAAUAGCAGAGCCGAAGUUGGAGCGUGUCAAAAAGAUAGGCAAAGCGAAGAACAAAGGGAAGAAGAAGAAGAUGUGUGCAGCGAUGCGCCAUGGUUAUAACAUAAGACGUGGACCAGCGCCAUUCAACGGUCCAGUCCCUUUUUUCGGCUCUGCACCUUCUAUCAUUCAAGAAGCUGAGGCGCAUCCAGCAGAAACUAUACGAACGAGAUUUUCGAGUUCCCCCCUUCCUUGGCAUCGUGGUGAAGCUGCUAAUGAAUGUAAUGCAUGGGAACAUAAUGGUUAG